AAAACUGUAAAACAAAAAUUGAAGAGUAUUUCGAAAAUUGUCAAUUAUAUCAAGUGUCAGAAAACAUUUUUAAAAAAUUCAGUUAAUGGAUCAAAUUAAAAACAAACAAAUUUCUGUUCCAUAAAUUCCAUCAGAAGCUCAAAUCGCCACACACAACAAAAAAAACACCGGCUUACAUAUAAUCGAAAGAAUUAAUCGCCAAAAACAAUAUGAUUGCGGCGCUUUGAUUUCGAAAGCUUUAUGUGCCUGCAUCCCUGUUUCGCUAAAUUGUUUCACGGAUUUGGAAUAUUCGAAGUCAAAUUUUGUCGCGUUAAACCAAAACAAGCCUCACUUGAAAAUCAUCAACAGUCAACAACGAAGUCAGACGCCACAAAUCCUCACAUACAUAUGCACAAAAUGGGAAAACGACAGCGUAGUCUCUUUCGCGGCUCUUUCAUGCAAAAACUCAUGUACAAGCAACACAAGGCAGCGCUCAGUAAAAUUUCCAGCGCCGUCGAUAUUGGUCCACCUCAUAUCAAAAAGGAUGUCUACCUAAAUAUAAGAGGCAUGCGUAACGACAAGUACGCUUUGCGGCGUAUCAUUAAAGAAAAUAUAGAGCUGCUGGAGAGACUCAAUCAAAUACGACGUACGCACGGCUUGAGCAAUAGCUACAACACGCACAAGCGUAUUUCACAGACCAAGCUGCAUCAUUUCUUGCGUCGCAUUGAUGACAUUGAAACGGAGAAUCAGUUUCUGGGCUGCCGCCUCUUGAAUGUCAAGCCGAUGCUAUCGAAGUCUGGCAUACCAGUUUCGGCACGCAGCAGCAGCCGCUUGAAGUUUGAGCGAUCGCAUGUUAGUCUGAAAAUUCGUGAGAAAUUGCUCAUGGACCAAUUACUGCAUCCAAAAAUUUUCUUAGACUUGGAAGUGAAAAACAUCCGGCCAUUAGGGCGCGUUGUCAUACAACUCUACACGGAGGCAUGCCCCGAAAUGGUUUUGGAGUUUGCACGCACAUGCUCUGAAAACAAGUCAGACUUAUUCAAGUUUAUACGCAUUUUUCCCGGUUUGUGGCUCGAGGGAGAGAUCGCUGUCAAAAAUCGCGUUUUGAGCAAAUCAAAUUUCCAGCAUGAAAUGAGCAUGAUAAGACACGACUCCGGUUCCUGCAUUCUUUCGUUUGCCAAAUGUUAUCUAACUAAUGGCUUUCCAUAUGGUUUGCUCAAUUUUACGAUUAGCUUUAAACCCAUGCCCGUGCUCAAUGGCGAGCGUAUAGCCUUCGGUGAGUUAAUUGCUGGCCAUCGAGUAUUGGAGUGCACUCAGGACUAUGGCACAAAAAAUGGGAAAGUCAAAAAGGAGAUUGUUGUCGUAAACAGCGGUCUCAAAGCUUAUAUUGCCGUCUGAAAUAUAAUUCAAAUUAAUAAUUUGAAAAUUUAAAACAAUUUGUAAAAAAAAAUAUUAUUGUUUGUACUCUGCUGUCCUCCAACCCUUAUCUUUGUGGUUUUUAUAUACUUUUAAAACAUAGAAAUAAAAAGUA